AAGAAGGUCAAAAUUAACUAAUGCGCAUCGACUCUGCGCAUCCGAAAAUUCUUGCACUCGCACACUCCCAAUAUGUCCAGAACAACACUCCAUACAGUAGAUGUAGAAUAUAGUGCAGAUUCUGUAGAAUGGUGUCCUAUAGGUGGCAGUCAACACAUCCUGGCAUGUGGGACUUACCAACUAGCAGAUAAUCCAGAAAUUAAGGAAGGGGACCAAGAAUCUGAUGUUCCCAAAGCGCGACUUGGGCGACUUUUGCUUUACAAUUUCAACACUUCACAACCCAAGACAUCACUUACUGAGAUAUAUAGACUAGAUAUGCCAGCUGUACUAGACAUGAAAUGGUGCCAUAAUAGCCUAUGUGACAGGCCAACCCUAGCUGUUGGGAAUGCCUCUGGAGAGCUCCUGUUAUAUGGGCUACACGAUAUAGAUGGGAGUAGUAUAUGCGAGCAAAUGGAAUGCUUUCAAGCUGUGGAGGAUGGACUAUGUUUAUCACUUGAUUGGUCAACAGGAAAAUAUCCUAGCCAAACACCAGAAAUCGUGUUCAGUGACUCCAAAGGAAUGAUUGGUAUAAUAGAUGCCACUAGCAGUCCCAAAGUGCAACCUAUCAAAUGGAAAGCACAUGAUUUUGAGGCUUGGAUUGCAGCCUAUGAUUAUCACGACACAAACAUUCUCUAUUCAGGGGGAGAUGAUUGCAAGUUCAAAGGCUGGGACAAAAGAAUGGAGACAACUUUCCCAACAUUUACUAGCAAAAGGCACAGCAUGGGCGUGUGCAGUAUACAGAGUAGCAAACACAGGGACAAUAUCAUAGCCACUGGAAGCUAUGAUGAAAAUAUAUUAUUAUGGGAUUCACGUAAUUGGAAGCACCCCCUCAGUGAGACGUCAGUAGGGGGUGGGGUGUGGAGACUAAAGUGGCAUCCCAAGGAUCCAAAUAUCUUACUAGCAGCUUGCAUGCACAAUGGAUUCCAUGUAUUAGACUGCACUACAAUAUCAGAGGACUCACAGCCCAUAAUUGCGUAUUAUAUGAACCACACAUCACUGGCUUACGGAGCUGACUGGUGCUAUUUAGACACAACUCCAACAAAUAUGAGUCACCCUGUAGAACAAGAUAUCAAUAAACAAAGUGACUCUGAACAUUGUGAUACAGGGGAACAAGAAGUGAACUCUGUUUGUCAAAUGUAUCAAAUAGAAGACAUUAAAUAUCAGUUACAAGAAACAAAGAGUGAAAAACAAAAUACUUAUCCAGGUUUAACUGAAAAUAAAAAUAAAGUAGUGGAAAAUGGAAAUAAGUGGCAUGAAGACUCUAAACCUAAAAAAGAUAAAGCCUCAAGUGCUUUUCUACCAGUUUAUAAAAGCAUUAGGGAUAUACCUAGAUAUCAGGAAUAUGUUUAUGAACCUUUCCAUGUAAAGCCACCAUUGUUUAUAUCAAAAGAUGACCGAGAUAUAUUUUAUAAAAAUCCUCAAGCCAUGAGCAAUAUGGAACCAGUUACAAAAGAUAAACUUAGAGGAGUUAUUGAGAUUAUUGAAGAUGGGAGUUUUAAUGUAGAGUUUAAAAAUAUAAAAAUGGCAUACGAGCCAGAAUUUAAUUGUGGAUGGAAUAGCAACAGGUCAUUCUUUUACAAAGAACGGGAUUUUUCGAAACGUUCUAGAAAUGUCCGUGGACUUUUUCCACUGAAUGUUCCAGAGGGAUAUGCCUUUCAGCUUUUUUUAAAUGGAGUUCUUCCAAAAAUUAUUCAGGCUUUAAAUGUUAUUAGAUGCCCAGAUGUAAGGCUACUUUUAGAGACACCUGUUGAUGGUAUUAUAUAUGAGAUUCUUGAUAAAUUGAAUCUCACAAAUCAGGUUGUAUUUCAUGCUGAAAAGGAUCCAACUCCAUAUGUUGGAGAUCACAUGAUAUUUGGAUGUAUAGCCCCUCCUCUACACCCUCAGCUCUGGCAAGCAAUGAGGCACCAUCUGGGUGUCAGUGAUGAACAAAAGUAUAACCAAAAUCAUGCAACUGUGGUGUUAAUCACACGUGAUCACGCUCGUAACAAGGGACGUGAAAUUCAAAACACUGAAGCAGUUCAGAAAUAUUUAUCAGAAAGAUAUAAAAACAAUUUCAAAAUAUUCAAUGGUGGCAUGAACCUGGAAGAAUCUCAAAACUUCUUUAGUCACACUAGAAUUAUUUUAGGAGUGCACGGUGGUGCAUUUUUCAACCUUUAUUUUGCUCCGAAGACAACAACAAUAGUUGAGAUUGUUCCAAUGAAUGAUGAUGGAUCUGUUAUACCCCCUAGUUUGACUAAUUCACAUACUAUUGUUUGGAUGAUGGCUAAUAUGAUUGGUCAGCCAUAUUGGAGGAUCAGAGCAAAUCCUUUGGAUAGCAAAGGAAAUCUUGAAGUUGAUAUUGACAAACUGGAUGCAAUUCUUAAAACAAUUGAUAAUUCAUGA